AUGUUGAAGAUAUGGUCAAUGAAGCAAAAACAGCAACAAGCUGAAAAUGCUGAAGGUACCGGUGGUCCGAAGAAGAAGAAGGUCACCGCUGCGCAGCUGCGAGUGCAGCGAGAUCUAGCAGAGCUCUCCCUCGGUUCAACGAUGAAAAUGAGCUUCCCAAAUGCCGACGAUAUCCUCCACUUCAUCCUUACCGUUGAGCCCGACGAAGGCAUGUACAAAGCAGGCACGUUCACCUUCAACUUCAACAUCAACCAGAACUUCCCGCACGAUCCACCCAAGGUGAAGUGUAACCAGAAGAUAUAUCAUCCAAACAUUGAUCUAGAGGGGAACGUAUGCUUGAAUAUUUUAAGAGAGGACUGGAAACCCGUGCUGAAUUUGAAUGCGGUGAUAGUGGGGCUGCAGUUCCUUUUCCUUGAGCCUAAUGCAUCCGACCCGCUGAACAAAGAAGCCGCCGAGGACCUUCGCCUGAAUAGGGAGCAGUUCAAACGUAACGUGCGUAACGCCAUGGCCGGAGGGACAGUGCGGGGGAUUACAUAUGAGCGAGUUAUGAAAUAA